UCAGGGAGGAUGAAGCUGACCUCUGAGGAUCCAGACCUCCAGCUCCUUAUGGCUGUAUAUGAUGAGAACAUCCUGAAGAAUCCUUUCUACCUGGCCUUGGAGAAGCAGAGACCCGACCUUUGCAGCCAAGUGGCAGAGCUCCACGGCAUCGUUCUGGUGCCGUGCUGUGGAAGUUUGACCCUCAGCAGCUACUCGGACUCUCACUUCGACAGCUAUGUGCUGCAGCCCGAGGAGGACGGUUAUAAGACUGCGGACGGGAAGGAGGUCCGGAUCCAGGACAGGCAGGUCCUGCUGGGAUCCGGGUUCCCGGCUCCAGUAUCGAUCCCCAUCCUGUUCGAGGAGACCUUCUACAACGACCGGGAGCAAAGCUACAGCAUCCUGUGCGUCUCCAGGCCCAUGGAGGUGGACCCGAGCCUGUCCGAGGUCAGCACGCCGUCUUCUUACAGCCUGAGGAGCCUGGAGGACGUCAGGGAGUUCCUGGGCCGCCAUGCCCAGAAGAUGGACAAGCACAUCCAGAGCUUCUGUCAGGCCUUCAGGGAGCAGGAGAGGAAGGGACUCCGGCACCACAUAGACUCGGUGAACGGUCUUUACACUAAAUGUCUUCAGUGUCUGCUGAGAGACUCUCACCUGAAACUUCUGGCAAAGCAGGAGCUUCAGAUGACGCUCCUCAAACAGGCUGUGGAGAUGUACGUUCAUCAUGGUAUCCAUGAAUUAAUCUUUAACUUUGUGGGAACGCUUGAGGCCAGCCAGGACGCUGCCUUCAACAAAACCACCAGGAGUCUGCAGGAGCUGCAGCAGAAAGAGCUGGGAGUCAAACCCGAGUUCAGCAUAAACUUGUCUCGGGCUAAAAGAGAGCUGAGCCAGCUCAACCAGCAGACGUCCCCCCUCCUCAAACUGCUCUGCCUGCGUAGAGUCGCGCUGACCGCCACCCAGACCCCGAGACGCACCGGUACUUACUCUGUUAAAUCAGAUGCUUUUGAGCUUUCGAUAACGGGCGUGCCCACGAUGCCACGGAUGGCCAACCUGAGCUACAUCAGGAACUUCUGCUUCAGCCACUCGAGUAAAGAUGAGCUCAGCUACUGUCUGAGCACCUUUGAGGCGGCGGUGGAGUACAUCAACCUGGGGAAGCUGCAGAACUCUGGCUCUGGUGAGCUCAGCGACAAGGCGCUGUUCAAGGAGAGGAUGAGUCUGCUGACUCAGGGUGUAGCCACGCCCAUUAAUUGUCUGUUUGAGCACAUAGCAAAUGGAAAUGAAGAGGAGGUUGAACGCCUGCUGAGUGAUGGAGAGGCCGAUGAAGAUGUGAAGAUGUGUCAUCCUCUCUGCUCCUGUGACCUCUGUGACCUCCAGCUGUCCGGGCGGCUCAACGACCCGUCCGUCGUCACGCCGUUCUCCAGAGAUGACCGGGGUUACACUCCUCUGCAUGUCGCUGCUCACUGCGGUGAGUGGCUGCUAACGCGCAAAACGUGCCGUCUGGACCUGUUGAACGACAAAGGCGACACGGCGCUGCACAUGGCGUCGCGCUGGGGCUACGAGGGCAUCAUCCAAGUGCUCCUGGAGAACGGCGCGAGCACCCACAUCCUCAACAAGAGCAAGGAGUCGCCGCUGCAGUGCGCCCUGAACUCCAAGAUCCUCAUGCAGCUGCAGUCCACUCAGAACGGCCGGAAGCGCUGCGGCAGCGGCGUCGACUCUCCCAGCCGCUCGCCUCUGGCCUCAGACUGCAGCAGCCGCCGCUCCUCCGUCUCCAGCACCUCCUCCCUGGGCUCGGAGGUCAAACCAGAGGGAGAACGGGUCCGACACAGAGAGGUGGAGAAGCUGCUGCGAGCCGUGGCAGACGUGGUGAGGUUCCUGCUGGAGUGCAACGCCAAGCUGAAUAAAAAGGAUCACUAUGGCAACACGCCGCUGAUCCACGCCUGCCUGCGUGGAAAUCUGGACACAGCCACCGUCCUGUUACAGUAUAAACUUUGGAGUCGUUCCUGGGGGGUUCUCCAGCAGCUGUUCGCUCUUCAUCGCUGCACCGUCGUGCAAGACUUAUAUUCCUGUUGUCUUGUGCAGAACACUGAAAUCCUGCGAGCUCUGCAGAAAGCGUCCGGACUCUCCCCUGAUGAUGAACCGAUCAAACUCCUCUCCGUCCCCAAAGGAGCUCUGGCUCAUUCCUUCGUGCAGCGUCUGAGGCUGCAGGAUAACUCCAACAACAGGAAGCAGAAGCUGGCUCAGUCCAUCAGCAGGAUGCAGCAGAUGAGGAAGGGUUCUUCAGGUUCUCCACCCAGGUGUUCUCCAAACCUCAGCCAGGUGAAUCCGGACAGGUGGAGGCUGAGGCGAGGAGAGACGGUGGCGGUCAGCAACCCCACGGGAAGCCUCAAAGAGCGGCGCCUGGCUCGCUCUCACACCCUGGACACCGGCGCGCACACGCCGGAGCGAACGCUGACUGUGGCUGACCCGACAGACGUCGCGUGCGCUCCUGAACUACCCGACGGCGCCGGAUCUCUCUCCACCGACGCCUCCAGCUGCAGCACGGGCAGCGAGACCUCGCCGUCCACGCCGUCAACUACAUCAUCGCAGGUCGACGGCUCGGCCGACGUCCCGCUCGCAAACAUCCUGUCUGCUCAGUCGGACCCCGAAAGCCAGACCGACCGAGAUUUACACGCAGACUCUUCUGACGGCCGCCGUCGGCCUGGCGAGGAAGCUGAAGGCUUACCGUCAGAGCACGGGGAUGAAGACUCCACCCCUUAUCCCCUUAACCUGCCCUCCCCGACCCAGAGCGAAAGAGUCGAAGAGAGCAACGCCAAUCAGCAGCCAGAAGCCAGCGCGCAGUGAUGCAGGGAGCGUGGCGUGCAGACGAGCAGCAAGAAGACCGAAAGAAAAGCACACGAGACUCGUAUCAACCAAACGUCCUCUCGCUGCAGCGCGUCGGGUUUUAUUUGUCCCGCUCGCAGGUUUCUGCGUCCUCAGACAAACUGAAAGGGCGUCAGAGACGGCCCUGACUCAGAAACCUGGAUCAGGUUUAACCCGCACAGGCUCGGCGGCGCUCGUCUCCCUUUUUACUCGUUAACAUUAACUGGAAGCUGCGUUUCUUCCACCGACAGGUUUCUGAACUUUGUUUUUCCGAUGUUUGAAAACUGCUCGGCCCUUUUGUGUGGAGGCGAGCGAGAUCCGAACCAUCCUCGCGCAGGGAACUCUUUACAUUGAGCUCCAACACAAACAUCUCAGCUAAGUUUAAAGCACUUUCUACUUCCAGCCUUCAGAGAAAAAGGGAUGCAAGCUGCUUUCAUUGCUGUUCGAAUGUCCUCACUUUAGUUUGUGCUGCUGCUCUGUGACUUUUUUACUUUGGUUUAAUCAGGAUGAUUUUAUUUUAUUUAGGAGCUCCGUGUGUCUCCUUGUCCGCUGCUGAACCUCGCUGCGAGCUUUUAUCCAGCUUUUAUCCGCCGGCUGUUUUCCAAAUCAAAGUGUUUGAAGGAUUUCCGUCAUUUUACCGGCGCUGAUGAUGUUUGAGCGCCAACAUUAAAACCGCCCCCUCGAGUGGAGAGUGAGCCACGUUUAUAGUUUGGUAGAAAAACUGUAUGUAUCUGAAUACUGUAAGGCUUAACCCGAUGGGCGUGGCUUCUUUUGCAGAGAAGGUCACUGAACUGGACCUGUGGACUGUUUGUGCUCAUCACAAACUCUCGUGUGACCAUAAACUCAUCAGGAAGUGUUACUGACUCGGUUUCCUGUACAGGAAGUCUUUUUGCGUCGCCCCCUGCUGGUCGUUAGAACAAAUGCACCUUAACGCACUUCAGCGUUGACUUUCCUACGGCCAUGUUUUUUUAUGCUAUGACGUCCGUGGUGAUAAUUUAGCGUUUCAGCCUCUCGGCCAAAUCCGUGCACAAAGAAAAUGUGACAGCGGCCACAAACGUGGCGUGCGAGCGUUUCUAAACGGUCUUUGGUCAGAAGUCAGAGCUCCAUCAGCUCAGGUGGUUUAUUAACCUUCAGUAAGGACGUCGAGAACCGAACCAAACUGUCGGAGCUUCCUCUUGAUGCAAAUGAAAUCAUGACAUCAUCGAACACAAACUGACUGAACGACUGAAACUACAACAAAUCAGUCAGAUUUUUAUCCCUCUGUCAGAUUAAUUUCUGAGU